AUGACCUUCGAGGACUUCAACGAUGGGUCCUGGAAGCUGAAGAGUGGAUAUAAGAAGCUUCAGUUCUGUGGACAGCAGGCCGCUAGAGAUGGCCUACAAUUCUUCUGGGUGGACACUUGUUGUAUCAACAAAGCGAACAGUACUGAGCUGUCGGAAGCUAUCAACUCCAUGUUUCGUUGGUAUCGUAAAGCAGCAGUAUGCUAUGUGUUUCUGGCAGAUGUCUGGGCAAAAGAUCCAUCUGUAGAGCUAUGGGAAGCAGCUUUCAGCAAAAGCCGGUGGUUCAUUGGUGUGUGGCUGGACGCUUCAAGAGCUUGUUGCACCGCCAUCGGUGGAUUAGAAGCACAGCUUCAUAAGAUCACUGGGAUUCCUGUUCUCGCUCUUCAAGGCACGCCUCUUUCUGAGUUUGACUUCGACGAUCGGGUAAAAUGGGCACGAAAUCGGCAGACUAAACGUGAGGAAGAUCUGGCUUAUUCCCUGCUAGGCAUCUUCGACAUCUCAAUGCCUGUUAUCUAUGGUGAGGGGAAGGAGAAUGCAUUCCGGUGCCUUGGAUCCGUGGUUGCUGAGGAAAACCCCCUGACGGUGCCGGCUGCGUCGCCAAAGAAGGGCUUCCUGGGUAUUUACAGAGCCCUAUAUGACUACAAAUCUGAGGAAGACGGCGAAUUGUGUAUACAGCAGGGAGAAAUACUCUGUGUAUUGGAAAAGAGCGAGGGGAAUGAAUGGUGGAGAGCCUGGAAGAAGGGUAGCUCGGGAAAAAAUACUGGUGGACCUUCUGGACUAGUUCCAAGUAACUACAUCGAAAAGGCAGUUGCAACUCAUACCGCUCGAGCGCGCUACGAUAACACGAGCAACAGCGAGGUGGAACUGGCCUUUCCAAAAGAAGUUCAGCUUGAAGUUUUCGAUAUUUCGGAUCCCGAUUGGAUAGUAAUUGGAUUUGAUGGAGAAUAUGGCUUUGCGCCAUUGGACUACAUUAAGAUCGCGGGUGUGGAAGAACCCUCAACCUUCAAAAGGCUACGCCAAGCGAUUAGCCAUACUACAACAGAAGCUCAAGCAGCCUGGCGAUUGGCACAAAAUCAGUAG